AGAAGGAGCAGGUUCAGUAUUUCUGUGAGUUAAGGAAUGUUGUUUUCAUCCUGCCUGUAGAAAUAUAGUACUUGCAUUCCUGCCUGUAGAAAAGAAAAGACUUUUGUCUACUAUAGGUUGCUCUUUUUAAAGAACCAAAGAAAAAUUUGAAUCUCGACUUGACUUCCUAGUGCUGGUAGAAGUAGCUCUUUGUAUCUUAGUAGUACAUAAAUUUCAAUUUGUUCAAUGUGGUAGUUCGAAAAAAUUGAUAGCGUACAUAGAUACUUCUGAUGUAAGUACAUUACUCCGACCAAGCAUUUCCGUUUUGUUCGGAUAACUUAACGACGUCUUACACGGGCGGUAAAACCCUUUCCUUUGUAACGUCCUCCUUGGGGCGAUCUGCCGGAGUGGUGUUGUCACCUUGUCUGGCGACGAAGCCGAGGCAUCCUAUCCUAUCCUAUCCUAUCCUAUACGUGUAUUUGUUCUGUUUUCUUCUUCCUUGUCAUCAAACAUAAACAUCGAUCAUUAAGAAAUAUCGAAAAUGAAAAUGUCCCUCUCUGGCCAUCUUCUUGUCCUCGUCUUGUCGGCAGUGGAGGUGCGGCUCAGCAGUGCAGCUUACGAUGGUUCUCUUGCGGUUGUGGGAGACUUUGUUGCGUCGCUAUUUGGCACAACCCCUUUCUGUGCUAGAGAUUUUCAUCAACUGGAGGGUCCACGAAGAAUUAUAGGGCGUACAAGUGCUGGGUCUUCGCUCGAUCGUUCAUCGCUCGAUCCAGGGAGUGGAGAUAAUCUAGUCGCACCCGAAGAACUACAGGGAGGAGAUGUUGCGUACUCGAGGACUGUGCCAACAGUUCGUCCAGAUAGUACAUCAAAAAAUCCGUCAUCACCAAAUGUGAAGACAAGUCUAUUGCAAAGACAUCAACUUUCAUCUUCCGUCUCCACAAGACAACCUGCUAAAAGCAGCACAGCCUCUAGCACAGCCUCUACUAGCAUGCUUGGAGAGGGAUCCCUUGGAGCAGAGGGCUCUUCUAAAACGCCGAGAGAGGGUUCUUCUAAAACGUCCAGUAGAAGAAGUAGAGCGUUCAUUUUAUCUUCUUCUGCUUCUUCUACGCGCUCGUCCGCUCAACGUCCUUCGGUAUAUUCAAGAGCGGUGAGAAAUAUUAGAAGCUGCGGAUCGGAAGAAAGAGCAGUUAAAAAUGAGGAUCUUCAAACAUCGCGUGUACAAGCAGCUGCAGCACCUCAAAAGAAAUUCCC